AUGGCAUCUCGACGCACCUCGUACAGCGACACUAGCAACACACUGCGGGCGCUGGAGGGAGGCCAUGACACCCCAUACUACCAUGCGCCGCGUCAUCCAGAACAGCAGGACGAGUUCAACAGCGACGAGAGCGAUUUGUUUCUACGGGCAGCGCGCGACGAGGAGCUGCACGCCGGGGAAAGUAUGAACAAUAAUGACGCUCCAGGUCGAGCAGCCAGUUUCCGGGCGAGAGUCUUGUCAGGAUCAUCCACGUUAUGCCUACAAUAUCCAGAGCCAACGCGCUUCACUACCCUCUAUUACCAGCACCUCUACUCCUCUCCACCCCUCAACAUCUCGCCGUCGCGGAUCCGAUCAAGACUCAACUCCUACCGCCCGGUGGGCAGGGACCGCCCAGCGGCCCUGGAAGAUCCGAACAGCAGCACUCAUAACGUGGUCCCACGGUCAACACCCAGGGGCUCAGGGGCCAGAGAGAUCUCACCCGAACAAACGCCUUACAGUAAUGAUCGACGAUCUAUUCCGGAUGCUACUCAGCUAUCACGACCGUCUUAUCGACAAGCGAAUAUGUCAUUUGCGAUCCCUCGAAUCUACAACUCGUCCCCGCUGGUAUCUCGUACAACAGACAUGCACGGGGGUUCUGAGACACCUCGUGCAGCGGAAGGCACGGAAUCAACAAUUUCUACAACGGCGCCAUCAACCGUGUGGGACGAAUUGGAGGAUCUUAAAUCACGGAUACACAGAUUGGAGUUGACUGGGAAACUACCCUCUACUUCCGGAGCUGCCAUGUCUCGAGCCUCUCACGACAGGCCCCCAACGGCUACGACCGUCACUACCAUGUCAUCUUCUCCAAAACAACGUGGUCGUGGCAAUAGCAUCUCCCCCGUCGAGCCUGCCGCUCAACCAUCCCCUCCCGAAAUACAUCCCCUGCUACACGCGGCAUUGGCCAAAUCGAAACAUCUCCUCAGUUCGGAGGUGUACAAGGCUUUGGAGGCUGCAGCCACGGAUGCGCUUGCCAUUUCCUCCAUGAUGGGAGUUUCGGGCCAACCAGGACCUAUCUCAACUUCGCAAUCUACAACCGGCGGCACCUCAUCCGUUUCCGAUCGACAGGUUCGACGAAAGGCUGAUAGCAUGUGUCGGAGUUUGACAGAAUUAUGUCUCGCUCUUUCGGAAGGGCAAGGGCAGGGAGAGACUACAACGCCGGUGAUCAACCACCCUGUGGUACGACCUGCCGGUAGUGCCACUCAUAAGAACGAACUGCGUGCCAGCAUCGAGUCCGACAAUACCCAACGUCAAUUGGUGACAACGGAUCUUUCUCGAGCUAGCUCCACCCCGAGAGCAUUGAGUCGGUUAGAGGCCCGAAGAAGCAGUCUCCUUGCCACGACUGCUCUGCCUAGCCCGCGAUUUAACUCCUCGGAAGCAGGCACUCCUACACCGACUUCGUUGGCUGGGCGUCGAACAUCGCUUUUUUUCAGACCUCGCCGUGCUGCCACAGAGGAACCAGAAGAAUCAGAAGAGGCUCGCUUCCGUGCGCCGUCAAGGGCAACAACUGAACUUGGCCGUGUUAGACAAUCCCCGACUUCUCAAGCCGAACAGUCUUCGCUACCAGUCCGAAGACAAUAUCAGACUACGAGUCAAACCAACAACAUUCCCCCCCCAAAGCCACCGGUUUCGAUGCUGGGGGGGCGGAGGUUCCUGGGCCUAUCAACACCCGAUCGGGAUACGACAAGCGUUGUAGGGAGACUGGCCGAGGAUCGGGGACAGCAAAGACACACUUCUAUGGGCCACGGUAACUUCCAACUUGGCAGAAGCGGCAGUCUCAGUAGACGAGCCAGAACACCAAACUCGGCUGAUUUGUCAGCGGCCCGGCUCGGAAAUUACGAGUAA